AUGAAUGUUGACGAAAUUAUACGACUAAAAAAGUCGUUGACGAAAGCGCUUGAGGGCGGAAAGAUUAAUACUGUCCUUGAAUUAAUGAACAGACUCAGGGACAAUACUCCCUCAAAAGAACUUUUAAAGAAAACAGAAAUUGGCCUAAUUAUUGGGAGGCAGCGCGUACAUCCAAAUCCCGAAGUAGCUAAGCUUGCAAAAGAAAUUGUAAAAAAGUGGAAAGAUGCAGUUAGUACAUCUAAGACUAAUGACACAUCGAAUGGCUCUACAAAGUCAGCUGUUUCGGAGAGUAAAGCUGAAGCGGCAAGGAAUGCUACACCCAAGCCAAGCCCGACAGUUAAUGGAAAACCGCCCAAAAGAGAAAACACACAGGAUUCUUUGUCCUCAACACCACCUGAUACACCAACAUCAGUUGACUCUGAAAGACGAGAGCGUAAUUUUGAUCGUGAUCGCCCUCCUUAUAAAAACACAAACGUUACUGCACGAGAUAAAUGUGUAAAGAUGCUAUAUGAUUCAAUGGCAUUUGAUUCAAAUGCCGGUAAACUUUAUUUCAUCUAUUAUACUAACAUUAAUAUCCGAUAUGAAGAUUCAACAUUAAUAUUAUUUACUACACCAUUGGAUAUCUUAGAUUCUGAGAUGAUUCUAUUACGAGCCACCACCAUUGAAAAAACAGUAUUUGAUCAAUUUGGAAGACAAGUAGUCGACAAAUAUCGAGAUAAAUUACGUGGACUGAUCUCAAAUCUUAGAGACAAAAAGAACCCAGGUCUUAGAAAACGUGUUGUUGACGGAGAGUUACAAGUCCAAGACUUUUGUACCAUGUCCAAGGAAGACAUGGCAUCGGAGGAGAAAAAAGCUAGAGAUAAUGAGAUUCGGCAAGAAAAUCUUUUCAAGGCGCGUGGUGCUGGACCAACACAAGCUGAAACUGAUAUGUUCCUCUGUGGGAAAUGUCGUAAUCGCAAGUGCACUUAUUACCAGAUGCAGACUAGGAGUGCUGAUGAACCUAUGACGACCUUUGUUACUUGUACAGUUUGUAACAAUCGUUGGAAGGCCCCGCCUUAUCGGAUACGGGCGGCGCUAUGGCAUUCAAUUCAAUACUACACCGAAUUUUCGCUAACAAGAGAUCUCCGCUAA